UUCUAUACAGUACACACACUCAGCUAUUCUAUCAUUAUAUUUGUGCGUUGCUUAUGUGUGAACCAAACAUUUCCAUGACAACAAAUCGUUUGUCUCUUGUUUAAUGCUCGGUUUUCAACGGAGUUGAAAGAAUUUUUUAAGAGAAACGUAAUGGACGGCUUGUUUUUAAAGUAAUAAACGGAAAUUCUCGUAUCCAUUGAGAAACGAUAAGCGAUUUGAAAGUGUCACUAUGAACGGUGAUUUAAAAGCAGAAGACAAGAAAUUAUCUUCGAGGAUUUAUAUAGUAAAUACAUUCUUUUGCCUGUCUUACCUAGAGAUAAAACAGUUGUUUGAUGGUUAUCUUAUAGUGUUCAGUCAUUGCGAAAAAUAUUUUUAAUCAGUUAAAAACUAUAAUUAAUUAAAAACUACAUUUUUUUAGGUAUAUAGACAUUAGCGAUGUAUUAUUCCGAGAAGCUCGUCUAUCUCCCGAACAUCGGGUCUGCGACAACAUCGAUUUGGAAAUUAUCGUUGCAGAGUAUGAAAAUUAUUACAAGAUGAAAUUUCAAAAAUAUCCCAUAUUGUGUAAGAAAAUAACUGGAAGGGAAAUGACGAGGGAAGUGACAAAUGCAAGCAAAACUGUUUGUAGAAGUAUUGAGACGAAAGCCAAAUCUGUUAGUAAACAAGCGAGAGGUGAGCCUGUGAAAGAGACGAAUCUACAGCAGAAGAUAACUGAUGACAAUACGAAUCAUAUUAAUCUCGCAAUGACAGCGACGUCAAUAUUCCCCAAUGAGAGUGAUGGACGUUCAUCAGAAGAGCUAUUUAACGUCCCAAUGAAACAAUCCAUGCAAUCGAAGAUAUUGAAAUGCAUUGAAAAGCUUUAUUCAGAUAAUCCGGAAUUACGAAAGAUUGCUGAGGACAUCUCAUGCAGAAGACGCCAUUUUAUCUUUGUAUUGUCACAAGAGAUCAUAGUAAACAAAUUAAAUGUACAUUGGGAUGACGUUAUAGGCCUAGAGGAAUGUAAAACCGCUGUUAAGGAGGCCAUUGUGUAUCCCCUUAAGUAUCCUAUCUUUUUUGAUGGCCCGUUUUCCCCUUGGAAAGGUAUUUUGCUGUACGGCCCACCUGGUACAGGGAAAACGAAGUUAGCGAAGCAGUUGCGACAGAAUGCCAUUGCACCAUUUUUAACAUAACUGCCAGCUCAUUGGUCAGCAAAUGGAGAGGCGAUUCCGAGAAGUAUAUACGUUGCUUUGUCUGUGUAAGUUUCUUUGUUCCUUUGUCUAUGAAGGAGAGAUUCUAGGUUUUAUUUGAACUUGCCUAUAGUCAUUCGCCUACAAUUAUUUUUAUCGACGAGAUUGACUGGAUCGCCACAAAUAAAGGAGACUGUAUAUUGUCUGAACCUGCAAAGAGAUUCAGAUCAGAACUUCUUUCUAGAUUGGAUGGAUUAGUGUCUAAUGAGAAUUCUAAUGUAGUUCUUCUGGCUACAACUAAUUCCCCUUGGGGCAUUGAUGCAGCUUUACUCAGGCGUCUCGAAAAGCAAAUAUACGUAUCAUUACCCAAUGAAGUUGCUCGACUUGGUAUAUUCAAAUUAUACCUUAGCAACCACUUAUUAGAAAAUACAGAUAUUGUAAACCACAUAGUAAAAUGUACUGAAAGAUAUUCUUGUGCAGAUAUAAAAUUGCUUUGUAAGCAAGCGUGGCUACUAGAAAUAAGCCCGAUAUGGAGGAGACUUGAAAAGAAAGAAACACCUGUUACCACUUUGAAAUAUGAAUUAAAAAGUUAUGAAAUAUUAGCAAAAUUGUUAAAAAAAAUGUCACCUACAGUUAUGCAAAUAGAUAAAUAUGAUACGUGGAAUAAAUAAAUACGCAAUCGUAAGGACAGAUAUUGAAAAAUAUAAAUAAAUGGAUUAUCGUUCGAGAAAUCA